AUGGACUUGUUCCGGAUCAGACUGAACUGUAUCGACCACUAUCAAGCGACAGCAACACAAUACGACCCCCAGCUUCGCAAUGAUAUACGCCCUUCCCAGAUUUCCAAAGGUCCAAAAGUUCCUAUAGUCCGCGUUUUUGGAGCCACUGAAACGGGCCAGAAAGUAUGCGCCCAUAUUCAUGGCGCGUUCCCGUACUUGUACGUGGAAUACGGAGGAGGUUUAUCUCCCGAUGAAGUCGGUGCUUACAUCUAUCGUUUUCAUCUCUCUAUCGACCAUGCGUUAGCUGUGAGCUACCGCAGAGAUCAGAAGAACGAUAAUGCCAGGUUCGUUGCGAGGAUUACCCUUGUCAAGGGCAUUCCCUUCUAUGGUUUUCAUGUCGGUUAUCGGUUUUUCUUGAAGAUCUAUAUGUUCAACCCCGUCGUUAUGACUCGGUUAGCAGAUCUCCUUCAGCAAGGUGUCAUUAUGAAGCACAAGUUCCAACCGUACGAAGCACAUCUCCAAUUCCUUCUUCAGUUCAUGACGGACUUCAAUUUGUAUGGAUGCGACUAUCUAGAGUCUUCCAGUACAGGGUUUCGGUCCCCAGUUCCUGAAUAUGACGAAGAAACGAAUUCUUCACAUCUUUGGCACAGCGAAUCUAUCCCACAGGAGGACAUUACCGACGAAACCGCACUCCCUCGGAGCAGCCACUGCUCAGUUGAGGUUGAUAUAUGUGUUCAAGAUAUACUCAACAGACAUCGAGUCAAAGAAAGACCACUCCAUCAUGACUUUACCGAGCGGGCCAACCCCCUUCCCUCAGAUAUGAAGCUCGUUUACAGCAUGGCUGGUCUCUGGAAAGACGAAACCAAGCGACGCAAACAAAAAAUGCAAGGCCCUAGUGAAGGAAGCAGUCCGUUUCCGCCAGAGGUUCUUGUAUCAAUGUCGGCCAAUCCGCGCAACUCACAGCCUCAAAGCUGGAUUCAUGAGGAGGAGCACCGAAUUGAGAUUCAGAAUCUCAUUUCAGAGGAGAAGAUUUCCAUUGAUGGAGACGAGCUUACCUUUGAGACCUUUGCAAAGCCUCACCCCUAUGAAGAAAACGUCAGCACUGUAUUGGAGUCGGUUGAGGAUCUUUUCCCGGCCAAACUCGCACUCGCUUUGGGACUUCCCUCAGGCAUGCAACCCGAUCAGGAUCCGGGAAGUAGCAUUCUUGUUGAUGAAGGCAGAGUCCGCCAAGUUGGAGAGGCUCACAACGACUUCUUGCCUGAUGAUUCAGACGAAGAAGCCAUCAUAACAUUGGUGGCGAUGGAGAAAGCUGCUGCAGAAGGCUCCCGUAUUUCUACAAGUAAACUACCAGAAGGAGACCCAGAACAGGCCGCAGCGCUCGAUAUAGGCCUUGACGAACUAGGUCUGAGGCCGUUUUGGUCAUCAAUCCUUGGUGUUGGUCGAAGUGGCCUGGCCUCUGGUAAUUUGCCUAGCAUUCCCUUGUGUCCGGAUUUAUUUGAUUACGCUGAGGAUUACGGGCUGGUCGGACGCGCAUUUGACGCACCGAAAUACACAUCCUCCAGUUCAAUACAACUCAAACGGCCUUUGCCCGACCUCCCACCAGUCCAAAUGUCCAAUAAAAGGCUUAGAUUUGACGAGCAACCAUUGGUCGAUGAGGACGAGAUGGUCUUGGUUCCUAUCCCUUCAACAGGCCUAAACAACCCAGUCACAUCUUCUUUCAGGGGACCAUCCAUUCUAAAAGGUCCUUCUGGUAUCAGCAAGAGCAUUGUAUCCAAAGGUGCUGUAGGGUCAAAUCAGAAACUGAAUUUCCCUACUGUUAAAGAUCAGAACGAUCCUAACACUAAGCUCCGUCUUAGUCAAUUGAGUCAAAAGUCGGCUUCGCAACAAACCGAUGGAGGCCGACACACCAAACAUGUCUCCUUCGAUCCCAGCAGCUUUCUGCCUGCUGAGGCAGGACCCUCCCAAAUGACUUUGUCGUCGUCUUUGGUAUCAUCUGGAGGAGACGAAGCAGAGAAUGAUAGCCAACACUCUAAGAUUCAGCAAGCUAUGCGCAGGUUCGCCAGUCCGCAAGUGCAUUUGUUUUCUUCUCUGCCCCCCUCUGCGGCUUCUGUGGUUUCCUCUUUAAAGGAACACAUGCUCCCUGAUGUCCUCUAUCAAGAUGCAUAUUACAGUAAGGAGAAAGAUGUCCCUGGUCGAACGCGCGAGUACGCUGGAAAAGAGUUCCGGUUGGAAGGUAACACUUUGCCAUUUCUUCCCGAAUUCGACCCAACAGCUAGAUCACCAGCUACCUACGGUCUGAAAUAUGAAAUUCUUGAUAGGGUCACCACUGAACUCCAGUAUGAACGACAAAGAAAGGAAUGUUCUUGGAGGAGCUGGGAGUUUGCAACCCCUCCACCCACAUAUAAGGAGGUCGAGGAUUGGGGGUUUGAACAGGAGCGCAAAGCCAAUACGCCAGACGGAUCCGGGUUACCGUCAACGCAUAGACACUAUCAUUCUCAGAUCGAAGGGCCAACGCCGAAGAAUAAGCACGGUUUCAAGUACACGCCAGGCAAGAAAGCGACAAGCGUUCAGCACGAGGUUCAAUACAUGAGCACCAUGAGUCUGGAGGUUCAUGUGAACACAAGAGGUAAUUUCGUGCCAAACCCAGAAGAAGAUGAGGUCCAGUGUGUUUUCUGGGCAAUAAAGUCCGACGGAACUUCUACCGACAGCCAGAACUCAGCAGGGGCUGUCCAGACUGGGAUGCUGCUAUUAUCUAAUGAUAUCCAGUUCACACAGCGUGUUCAGCGCCAGACGUCUGCCGAUGUUAUCGAGGAAACGUCUGAACUGGAUCUUAUGGUCCGAAUGGUAGAAAUUGUGCGAAAUCAUGAUCCUGAUAUCCUGACAGGGUACGAAGUUCAUGGCAGCUCAUGGGGUUACCUGAUAGAGAGAGCGCGAUUGAAAUAUGACUACAAUCUCUGUGACGAGUUUUCUCGUAUGAAAACAGAGUCGCAUGGCAGAUUCGGCAAAGAGAACGACCGAUGGGGGUUCAAUACCACAUCCACGAUUCGAGUCACGGGUCGACAUAUGGUCAAUGUAUGGCGUGCAAUGCGAGGAGAGCUCAAUCUUCUUCAAUACACGAUGGAAAACGUCGUGUGGCAUCUACUCCAUAGGCGGAUACCCCAUUACUCUUGGAAAUCAUUGACAAGCUGGUACAAAAGUGGCAAGCAUCGAGAACUCAGCAGGAUGUUGAAAUACUACCAGAACCGCACCAAACUCGAUAUUGAGAUAUUGGAUGCCAACGAAUUGAUUGCCAGAACUAGUGAACAGGCUCGACUCCUUGGCGUAGACUUCUUCUCGGUUUUCUCGCGAGGAUCGCAGUUCAAGGUAGAGUCGAUCAUGUUCAGGAUCGCCAAGCCAGAGAACUUUCUUCUCGUGUCGCCUACUCGCAAACAAGUCGGCAGCCAGAACGCUCUCGAGUGUUUGCCACUUGUCAUGGAACCACAGAGCGCCUUCUACAGCAGCCCCCUCUUAGUCCUUGACUUUCAGAGUCUCUAUCCAAGUGUCAUGAUCGCCUACAAUUAUUGCUAUUCGACCUUUCUGGGCCGAGUCACUAAUUGGAGAGGCACAAGCAAGAUGGGCUUCACCGAGUAUAAACGCCAGCAAGGUCUUCUCACACUCUUGAAGGAUUAUAUCAACAUCGCACCAAAUGGUAUGAUGUAUGCAAAGACGGAAAUCCGCAAGUCACUCCUUGCCAAGAUGCUAACUGAGAUCCUCGAAACCCGAGUCAUGGUUAAGAGUGGCAUGAAGCAAGAUAAAGAUGACAAGACUCUCCAGCAGCUUCUCAACAACCGACAGCUUGCUCUCAAGUUGCUUGCUAACGUCACUUAUGGUUAUACUUCAGCUUCCUUCUCUGGCCGCAUGCCUUGCUCGGAGAUUGCGGACAGUAUCGUACAAACUGGCAGGGAGACUCUUGAAAGAGCAAUAGCUUAUAUCCAUUCUGUCGAGAAAUGGGGCGCAGAGGUUGUGUAUGGCGACACUGAUAGUCUGUUCAUUUCCCUCAAAGGUCGAACGAAAGAUGAAGCGUUCGACAUUGGCAACGAAAUCUCCAAGGCGAUCACUGAGAUGAACCCACGACCGAUCAAACUCAAGUUCGAAAAAGUCUACCACCCUUGCGUCCUCCUCGCCAAGAAAAGAUAUGUCGGUUACAAGUACGAGAGCAAGGACCAAGUGAAGCCUGAGUUUGAUGCCAAGGGAAUCGAGACUGUCCGCCGUGAUGGUACGCCCGCGGAACAAAUGAUUGAGGAAAAGGCUCUCCGUCUACUAUUCGAGACAGCAGAUCUCAGCCAGGUAAAGGAGUACUUCCAAAAGCAAUGCCAAAAGAUCAUGCGCAACAAUGUGUCAGUUCAAGACUUUUGCUUUGCGAAAGAAGUUCGUCUAGGCACAUAUUCUGACAAGGGCGCACCGCCUGCUGGUGCCCUCAUCAGCACCAAGCGCAUGCUCCAGGAUGCUCGCGCAGAACCACAGUAUGGCGAGAGAGUUCCUUACGUUGUCAUCAGUGGUGCUCCAGGAGCUCGACUUAUCGAUCGAUGUGUUGCCCCCGAAGAGCUUCUCGGUAAUCCACAGUGGCAGCUGGAUGCCGAGUACUACAUCUCCAAGAAUCUUAUACCCCCUCUCGAACGGAUCUUUAAUCUCGUAGGUGCAAAUGUGCGCCAGUGGUAUGAUGAGAUGCCAAAGGUGCAGCGUGUUCACCAUGCAACUACACUAAGCAACAAGAAGACGACGCUAGAAUCGUACAUGAAGUCCACGCACUGUCUUGUCUGCAACAUCAAAUUCUCACAGGAAGACAAUCCUCUCUGCCCCGCCUGUCGCACAAACAUUCCCUUGGCGCUGUUUUCGCUCCAGACGCGAUUGACUACCGAGGAGCAUCGUUUACAGGAGAUACUCUCCCUCUGUCGUAGCUGCUCUGGUGUUGGGCCUGUGGAGGAUGUUCAGUGCGAUAGCAAGGAUUGUCCUGUGUUUUGGACACGUAUGAAACAAGUCAGCAAGACAAGAGGGGUGCGGAAUACCAGUCAGCCUGUGAUUCAAUCCCUGGUAGAGGAUAUUGAGAAGUUAUCGCUGGAUUGGUGA